UUGGAGAGCUGCGCAGCGGAGAAACUUUAUUCUCACUUCUCAGCGGAGACCGACGGAGUUGCUGCGUGCAGGAGCUGGGUGCCCUCCACUCCUCCGUGCGCACCGACCCGACGUACGAUCCCUCACACCAUGAGCGGGGCUUGCCGCUACCUCGGAUUCCUGCUCCUGGUCGAAGUGGUGCUCUGUGCUGCUGCCACGCGGUUUCAAGAUGUGCUGAGCAAUGGAAGAAAUCCUCCUGUUGCAUCCUACAAGCAGGUACAAGGCUGGUCUAGCGAUCAAAAUAACUGGAAUGAAAACCUUUAUCCUGUCUGGGAGGAAGAUGAUCCCAGGUGGAAGGACUGCUGGAAAGGAGGAAGAGUGACAGCCAAACUGGUCACUGAUAGCCCAGCACUGGUAGGAUCCAAUGUGACCUUUGUUGUGACUCUCCAGUUUCCCAAGUGCCAGGAGGAAGAUAACGAUGGCAACAUUAUCUACAAGAGAAACUGUACCCCGGAUUUCCCAGCUUCCCAGGAUCAGUAUGUCUACAACUGGACUGAAUGGAUUGACAGCUGUGGCUGGGAAAACUGCACAGGCAACCACAGCCAUAAUGUGUUCCCAGAUGGGAGACCUUUCCCUCAUAAUCCUGGCUGGAGAAGAAGGCACUUUGUCUACCUGUUCCAUACAUUCGGUCAGUACUAUGAAAUAAUUGGACGAUCUUCAGUGAUUUUUUCAGUCAACACAGCAAAUAUCACUCUUGGCAAACACGUAAUGGGAGUAUCCAUUUACAGGAGAGGGCACUCAACAUACAUUCCAAUUGCAAGAGCAAGUGCCAUUUAUGUUGUAACAGAAAAAAUUCCAAUAUUUGUGAGUAUGUACCAAAAACAUGACCGCAACAUCUCAGACUCCAUUUUUAUCAAAGACUCGCCAAUCACAUUUGAUGUGAAGAUCCAUGAUCCCAGCUACUACCUAAAUAAUUCUGCCAUUUCCUACAAGUGGAACUUUGGAGAUGGAAGCGGCUUAUUUGUAGCAAGCGGUGCCACCACACCCCACACCUAUGCUCUGCAAGGAAACUUCACUCUGAAUUUAACUGUCCAAGCUAUUAUACCUGUACCUUGCAGGCCAGUAACACCUACGCCACCACUGCCCACCUCAGCAGCAUCUUCUAAUUCAACCUAUUCUGCUGCUGCUGAGACAAUGGAAGACAAUCCUGAUGGAGGUUGCCAUAUUUACAGAAAUGGAUACUAUACAACUGGUCUCUCCAUUGUAGAGGGAAUCCUUGAGGUAAAUAUUAUUCAGAUGACAAGCAUCCAGAUGACAGAAAGUCAAGCUGAAAAUUCACUGGUUGACUUUGUUGUUACCUGCCAAGGGAGUCUCCCCACAGAUGUCUGCACAGCAGUUUCUGACCCCACGUGCCAGGUGUCUCAGGGUGUGGUAUGUGACCCCGUCGUCAUCACCGAUGAAUGCUUACUCACCAUAAGGAGAGCUUUUGACGAACCUGGGACAUACUGCAUAAACAUCACCCUAGGGGACGACACAAGUCAAGCCCUUGCCAGCGCGCUGAUUUCUGUGAACAGAGGAUCAUCCCCAGGAACAACAAAAGGUGUCUUCAUCUUCCUUGGGUUGAUGGCAGUGUUUGCCUCUGUUGGGGCUUUUGUCCUUUACAAGAGAUACAAACAAUAUAAACCUAUCGAGAGAAGUGCAGGACAAGCAGAGAACCAGGAGGGACUAAGUGCUUACUUCAGCAAUUUCAAAGCCUUUUUCUUCCCUAGGAGCACUGAGAGAAAUCCUCUCUUGAAAACCAAACCAGGCAUUGUUUAAACCUUUAGUCUGACACUACUAGAUUACGUACAGGACUCAUAUCUGAGCUGUACCUUGAUGGUUUGGGGUUUUGGUUUGUUUUUGUUAUAAAAACAAGGGGCGAGGGGAAAACACACAUAGAUUGGUGGGUAACUUUGGGGGGCUUGGUGCAAUUAGAAAUAUUAAAAUAGUCCUUAUUAUAAAACAGUUAGUUUUGAGCACUUGCUGUUCUUGUUUGUGAUCUAGGAUAUAGUUUUCUAAAUAACUAAUCCCCCCCUCCAUCUGUGUUUUCUUACUUCUGGGUUAACUACCUGCGAAACUAAUCAGAUCCAUAACCUGUAGGGGGAAAAAAUAUUACUAAACAAAGAAAAUAAAGAAUUGUAAAUAUUUGGUCUUAAAUACACAGUCCAGCACAGCUGUUUACCACCUUAGUGAGAGCCAUGCCUUUGCUGGAAAGCAAGCUACAGGCGGACAGGUACGGGUUAUGUCUGUGGAACAAAACAUUGCCACGACAGACAAAGCCCAUCUGCUUGGCUAUUCCUGCUGAAACAUUUUACUUUUAAAGAAGCACUAAUUUCUGCUUGACCCUCCAUCCCUUCUCUUUGAACACUUACUCAAGUAAAUGAAAACCCCCUAAAUGUAAAUAACGCACUGUGCUCCAGUUUUUGCUUUUGCAUGAUCAAGCAUAGAAAGUGUAAAGUUUUGCAAAAAAUCAAAACAUGUUGACUUGCUCACUGUAGCUGCAAUUCUGCAUUAACAAAACUUACAUGGAAGCUUUUCCCAAGUGACACAGUGUUCUAGCUGUAUGUUCUUCUAAGUCUGCUUUGUGGCAUUUAGUAGUGGAAGACUGGAAGCACACUGCUGAAGGGAAGCACACUGGGUCACUGGAUAAUAUGAAAAGGAGAACAUCUUAUUUGUGGAAGGCAAAAGGUUGCUAAGAAGAUUAAUUGAGAUGAGAAAGCAGGCCAAAAAAUGCUUUAAACAGUUUGUUUUUCAUAAGUGCCUUACUGUUAACAUUAAAGUUUCUAAUCAAAAUGAAAUUAACUUUCAGCUAAGGGCAAAUGCCUUUGCACAAUCCUGUUCCUUGAAGAGCUAUAUUUUGAUAUAUUUAGCUUAUUUACUGUAUCUUGGAACAUCUCUGAUACAUAUUGUUCUCGGUUCCUGCAGCAAUAAAAAGCAUAAACAGAUUUUUCUGGUAUCUUCGUAGACCUGUCAAAUGCUUGUCACUUACAAUCUGAAUGUAGUCUUCAUUAGCACUUCCCCAGAGUGCAUAGACACGACUUGAGGAUAUAAAAAAUACAGAUUGUGGCAUACCUCUGAGAUUAGUUCUUUAGCUAUAAAAUGCAACAACCUCUUUUCUUCUUUUGUUUCCAUAUUCUCCAUUUGUUUUAAUUCUUUUGUGGCCAUUUCAGACAUUGACAUUUUAUUAAAAGCACCAUGUUUGGUUUUAUUCUGUCUUCCAUAUGUAUAACAAGCUAUUAUCUAACCAUAACUGGGCAUCUAAAAUGAUUCUCUGACUUAAACAGAGAACAGUUCCUACAAAAAUUGUUGUCGGAAUGUUAUGACCCCUGUAAUGUUUGACUCUUGACUUGUUGCAGGACAGGGGUUUAGUCAAAAGCUUAAGAAAAUCUGUAAUGAAGCAUGAAAAAAUUAUGUCUAUCACAGUUAUAACACUCAGGAUUAGUGAUGAUGCACGUGGCUGACCUAAGCUCUAUGCAGAAAGCAUCUUGUUUCUGUAGAACACUGCAUUUUGGGAGCUCAGAGACAUCUUAGGCCUUUGUACAGAAAACAGUUCUCAGAUAUACUUAAAGAACUUUUUUCACCUUUCACCUGUGUAUACAGUAUAGCAUACACUAUCUUCCUUUAGCUAUAAUGUCAGAAUAUUAAAUUUCUAUAAUUUGAUUUUGCCUUUUCAACUGUAACUUCCCUUCCAUACAUCUGUUGUUUUAUACAAAUGAACGUUUAACUGCUGUCUUGACAAAUAAACCACCUAAUGAUUGUAAA